GUUACAGUUUAUAAAUUUACGUUAUCAAAAAUUAGAGGAAAAAAGGGGGAAAAGAUCAAAGAUUUGGGGAAGAGGUAGCAGAGAAAUGAGGUGGCGGAAUGCUGAUCUCAAAUCCUCAAUCCGAUUUUUUGUUGCCAUAAAUCCUCUCCAAAAAUUCAAAUCCCAAUUCACUACAAAUGUUGCUCCAUCCCAUCAUCACCCUUAAUCCUCCUUCCGGCUAUGGCGGAUUUAUUUCCUUCUCAUUAUCAUCAUCACCCCAUGUUCAUACUAGUAAACCAAGACCGCCACCAUCCGCCGCCGCCGCAACCGGAGUAAUUAUUUCCUCGAAACCUCUUGCUCCAUUCAAGCUUGCCACCGCAGCAGUGGCUGCAGCUAUGAUCUUCUCUCUCGUCACGGCGCCGUUUUCGGCGGCGACGGCGGCAGCUGAGGCAGGAGGUGAUAACAGCGAGACACUGUCGAACAUCCCUCAAACGCUGUCGUCUGGGGAAGAAUGCUCACCGUCGCCGGGUGGAGAUUGCAAGAAAUCCCGGAGGAUUCAGAGACCCAAGUCCAAAAAGGCGGAGAAUUGUACGGUGAAGUGCCUGAACACUUGCAUCAGAGGCGGGUAUGGUUCGCCCGGAGAAGGCCCGCUUAAUAUCCGGAGGCCGUUGGUGGUGUUUAAGGAUACUUUCCGGAGUCGGACGUAUUGCUUGAUGGAAUGCUCCGAGAUUUGUAAUUUGAUCGGAGAUCUUGAUGAUGGUCCCUAACUGUUGGGGCGAUUUUUGAUCAAUAGAUUGGGUUGGGUUGGAUGCUCGUGUGAGGCCCAAGAAGAAGCAAUACGUGGGUCUGAUCCGUCUGCUUUGCAAAUUGGAAUAGGAUUAGCUUUUGACUAGUUUCACUUGUAAUUUGAGCGUUAAGCAACCCGCUUAUUUUUAUUUUUUUGGG